CUAGCUCCUAUUAUGUUUUGCAAAAUUAUAUGUCGUUUCUUGAAAUAGAUAAUUAGUUUUGUUUAUAUUGAGUGUUGAUUUUGUGUAAUUUUGUUUUACAGUGUUCGCAAAUUUGACAUAGUCAGACUGAGAAGUAGUAACUUAAUUAGUGGUAAACAAUAGCGUAACUAGAGAAUUUUAAUGGUCAAUCAAUAAAUAAAUAUGCAUUACUGAAAAAUGAGAUUCUCUUAAUAGUGAUAUGUGAUUGGGUGUUGCAUAUGGGAUUCUGAUUUAGGUUAAAUCCUUCUAUUAAAUAUAUUGUAAAACACCUGUCUAUCACUAUUAUUUAAAGAAAAAGUACUCAUUUCUAUGUGUGUGCAGUGUGCCCCAUGCUACUUUCUUUGACUAUGUUCAUAGUAUAUUUUAUUAUUCUCUUAUUACUAGUUUUGUUCUUCAUAUAUCAUCUAUAAAUAGAGACGAACUAUUCUUCUCUCCCAACUUCCUCCUCAAUUUACAAUACCCUUUAAGUUAGUAACUUACUAUCAAUGGUGAAAGCUCUUCAAAAUAGGACAAAGCGAAUGUCUUCUCCAUCAUCAUCUUCAUCUUCAUUAUCAACAUCAUCAUCCACAAGCAAGAGUAACCUGGCCAAGAAGUACAAAGGAGUGAGAAUGAGAAGUUGGGGUUCAUGGGUUUCAGAGAUCAGAGCUCCUAAUCAAAAGACAAGGAUUUGGCUCGGUUCUUACUCAACCGCUGAAGCCGCUGCUCGAGCCUACGAUGCUGCGCUUCUCUGUCUCAAAGGAUCUUCGGCUAGUAAUCUCAACUUCCCAGAGAUCUCAUCUUCUCUCUAUAAUACCAACAAUGGUGACAACAAAAACAAUAUUAACAUGUCUCCUAAGUACAUACAGAGAGUGGCUGCUGCUGCAGCUAACGCAGAUCCUUCUUCCUCAUCUGUCUCUACUUCAUCUCCGUUGCUUUCUUCAUCUCCAUCUGAAGAUCUCUAUGAUGUCGUCUCCAUGUCUCAGUAUGACCAACAAGCAGUCUCCUUGUCUGAAUCAUCAUGGUACAACUGCUUUGAUGGUGAUGAUCAGUUCAUGUUGCCGUAUUUGACAACACCACUUGCUGAUGAUUUCUAUGAGGAAGGAGAUAUCAGAUUAUGGAAUUUUUGUUGAUUCUUCUUUAACUAUAUGAUCAUACCUUAUUUUUCUACAGUCAUCAAAAACGAAAGAUUAUUUGUUUCAAUAUAUAUCAGUUAUGUAACUGAUACAUUGUGUUAUAUCAUUUUUUUUUCUUUAUCGAUUCUCACUCCUGAAUAUGUGCUAUGUUGUAGAGAAAAUAUAUGUGGAGAUCAUUGUACCAAAAUAAAAGUUAGUUUUAAAAGUA